UUUGAAGGGGAGAACAGAACUUGAGUAUUUCUUUGAUGUUCGCUUAACAAUACAAAACGUGACUCAGGAGGGAGCGCGAGCUCCGCUCCUCCUCCCUUUCGGCGUCGGACCGGCUUUUCCUGAGGUCACUGCAGCACGUGAUGCGUGCGGACGCGAUAAGGGUUCGGCUGCUUGGUGUUGUGCGGGUCGUGUGCGGGUUCCGCCGCCGGGGAGGUAUACAAAAGGCUGGAGAAAAUUUUAAAGGAAGAUGGCCUGGUAAACUGCAAAGAGAGAGUUUUUGGUCUCAUAAUGACAUCAGCACUCGCAUCCAUUUGGGAGCUACACUGGUACAUGUUGGUUCCAUUGUUCCGUGGUCUAUUUGCCUGAUUUUUUUCUAUUUUUUUUUUAUAAAGAGAACCUUAUCUAACUUGGUCACCACCAUGUAUCAGGUGGUCCUGGGUGGUGCUGAGUGCGGCAACAUAGGCCCUACAGGAAACGCUGCGGCCAGCAAGCGUAAGAGGGGCAGGGAAGGACACCGUUUGAUAGGUGCAGGCAUGCUGGGUGUCGUCCUGCUAAUUGUUGCAGUGGCUGCCUGGUGCUACUACACGGCUUCCCUGAAGAAGGCUGACCAGUUGAAGACCGAGCUGUUGAACCUCCAUAAGGAUGGGUUUGUCAUCCGCAAUCAGGCGGGAGUCGUGGUUUUCCGCAUGGCUUUCAGAUCAGGAACCCUUGACUUGGACUCUUGCUCGAAGAAGGGAGUGAUACUGAGCUGUGACAGGUCAGAUGUGGGCAAAGUCAAUUUCUUCAUCCAGGUAGUGUGGCCCAGGGACACAGUGAUGUGCUACAGGGUGCGCUGGGAGGAGCUGGUACCCGGGCGUCCUGUGGAACACGCCAUGGACUACAAUGGCUCACACUGGUAUGGCGGCGAUGAAAGAGCCACUCAGCAUUGGCCCCUCUCCAUAGCAGGCCAGCAGGAGCCUGAACCCUUCAUCACUAGUGACGUCUACUCCAACCGGCAUAAAUUUGGCGGCAUCCUGGAGCGUUACUGGCUCUCGUCUAAUGCUGUAGCUAUUAAGAUCAACGAUUCGGUACCGUUCCACUUGGGCUGGGACGAAGUAGCACAGACCAUGCGCUUUCAGGCUAGAUAUCAGGACAGCCCUUACAAACUGCUCCAAGGACCACAGGGCCAUGCCGAGCUCAGCUACAGAGUCUGUGUUGGCUCUGACAUCACCUCUAUUCAUAAGUACAUGGUCCGGCGCUACUUCAACAAGCCCAAUAAGGUUCCUUCUGAAGCAGUGUUUCACCACCCUAUAUGGUCCACGGGAGCCCUGCACAAGAGUGAAGUCAGCCAGGAGAACUUGCUAACAUACGUAGCUAACAUCCAAAAGUAUGGCUUCAACUGCAGCCACCUGGAGCUGGUUGACUGCUACACAAGCAACUAUGGGGAUUUUGAUUUUGAUCCCAUUAAAUUCCCAAAUGCCACAGCCAUGUUCCUGCAGCUAAAGGCCGAUGGAAUUCUUGUGUCCCUGUGGACUCAUCCUUUUGCCAACUAUGACUCUGCCAACUUUGGCGAAGGAGUGCGUAAGGGGUUAUUUGUGCGGGAGCCCACUGGAAGUCUUCCAGCUCUGGUGCGCUGGUGGAAUGGCAUAGGUGCAAUUUUUGACUUCACAAACCCAGAAACCCGGGACUGGUAUGCUUCACAGCUGCGUGCUCUCAAGUCCAAAUACGGGGUGGCCUCCUUUAAGUUCGAUGCAGGUGAGACCAGCUAUCUGCCCCGGCAGUUUAGCACCUUCGCUCCCCUGCAUGACCCUAGUACCUUCACUCGCCGCUACACAGAGAUGGCCAUCCCCUUCAACGAGCGAGCUGAACUCCGGGUCGGGUACCAGUCGCAGAACAUCUCCUGCUUCUUUCGCCUCAUUGACCGUGAUUCGGUAUGGGGUUACGAGCUGGGCCUCAAAUCCCUUAUCCCCACUGUGUUAACCAUUAGCAUUUUGGGCUACCAGUUCAUCCUGCCUGGCACAAUCGGUGGUAACAUGUAUCUCAAUCGUACUGACAGCAGUCGGCGACUGCCCGACCGGGAACUAUACAUCCGCUGGCUGGAGCUCUCCGCUUUCAUGCCUGCCAUGCAGUUUUCCAUCCCACCCUGGGAAUACGAUGAUGAGGUUGUCCAGAUUGCCCAGCGGUUCACAGCGCUCCACGAGACACUGGUGGCCCCCAGGGUGCUGGAGCUUGCAGGGGAAGUUCUAGACACUGGGGACCCCAUUGUGCGACCUCUGUGGUGGAUUGCCACUGACGAUGAGGCUGCUUAUAAGAUUGACUCCCAGUUCCUGAUUGGCGAUGAUCUCAUGGUUGCACCAGUUCUUGAGCCGGGGAAACAGGAGAGAGAUAUCUACCUCCCAGCUGGGAAGUGGCAAAGCUACAAAGGGGAGUAUUUUGAUAAGGGCCCCAUGUACCUCACAGACUACCCAGUUGACCUGGACGAGAUUGCGUACUUUGUCUGGGCACAGUAGGUAUCGUUUUGAGAAAUUUUACAUCAUAAAUGAAUCAUCACUGCAUUAUACAUAAAAUAUUUUGCAUAAGUGAAUUUUCUCAAGUUCUUUAAAAUGCUUGUGCCUAACUCAGGAAAACAUAGCAGUUUAUUAGUAUUUAAAUUUUUUGAAAUGGCUCACCUGAUGGGAGUACUUCCAAGGUAGCAUUCAUGUGUAAAACUUAAGCAUUAAUUUUUUUGAUUUUAAUGUAGGUCUAAUUCCCUGGACAUUAAAGAAAAUAGAGAUGACUUCCAUUUAGAGGCAGCCAUAUAUGUGCCUUUGAGAGUGUUUUUAAUAUAUUAUGAAUUCUAAAUGUAUCCAAAAAUGCAAAUUGAAUGAUGGUUUCCAAAUCAUUUUUGUAAUGUCAAAUGAUUGAAAUUUUAAGCAUGUAGACCUUGGUGCAUUUGGAUUUGGGCUUAGGUUGAUGCUUUACUGGGGUUUAUUAGCUAGGUUUAAUGCCUGAUUCAUUGUUCAUUUUAAUUGUUUUACAGCACUGAGGUCAGCCAGUGUGUCCACAUGCACAUGCAGUGAGGCGGCAGUGUGCUCUGGCCACUAAGCAGCGUCACUCUUAUCCCAAUAAUCCCAGUUCCUAUUUAUAAUGAUGUAUAUUAUUACAUCUGCCUAACAGAUGUCCAGCUGACACCUUGUACAACAGUCGUAAAAGUUAACUGGUUACUCAUGCAUACAUAUCUCACUACAUUUUGUAUCUCUCUUUACUAGAGGGCGGACUAUAUGAUUGAGUGUGUGUCAACGAUACUUUACACUGACACAUUUUGAGCUAAAAGUAUUGGCAUAUUUCACAUUUUCCAUGGGGAAAAUCAAAAUGACUUUUACGAAGAGCAUCUAAUGGCACCCCCUACACGCCAAGCUAUGGCUGCAGGCUCUUGGCUCUUUGCAAAAUGGUUUAAUGAAUUGACCUCCGAUUGUGAUGACUUUCAGACACCCUAGAUCCGUUCUUUUAGUCGUCAUGCUAAUGGAAAUUAGCAUGAUAAAGAGGUUUAAUAUAUAGUGUUAUAAAAUGCAGCAGGUCAAAUCUGUGAUAAGAGCAAUUUUGCUAGUCAGUUGAAUUGGCGUAUCCUGCCAAUAAAAUGCCUGCAGUCAGUAAACUGCUUUUGCACUGAUCUGUAUACUCAGGUGAGGUUUUAUUGUAGCUAUAGUACAUUUGCAAAGCAUAAACAAGUUAUAUGAUUUUCAGAAUCCGAGCCCAUUAUAUAUAUUUUUUUGCACUGUAUGAGAUUCUUUUAUACAAUGAAUGUAAUUAUAUAUGGAAAAAAACAUGAAUACUGUUUUAA